UCAUGCUGCUGCCAGGUCCAGAGUCUCUCAUGGGUCCCUGUACGGCCUCCCAUUGCUGCUGUCUCCAUCGCCACACUCUGCCAUGUGCCACUUUCAGGUCUCCUCACACUGCUGGUGUGUGUCCAUUUUUUGUCAUAGGGUGCUGGCAGAUUACGGGCCUCCCAUAGCUGCUGCCAGGCCCCUAAUCUGCCAUGGGCCCCUAUACCGCCUCCUCAUGCUGCUGCCAAGUCCAGAGUCUCUCAUGGGUCCCUGUACGGCCUCCCAUUGCUGCUGUCUCCAUCGCCACACUCUGCCAUGUGCCACUUUCAGGUCUCCUCACACUGCUGCAGUGUUGAAUUUUUUG